CUAAAAUCACCCGCUUUAAUUCAACCUCAAAAAUGAAUUUUUUGAGGCGUCGUUUUUCUGACCCUAAUGCUGCAGCAAACAUUCCGAAUGGGUACCUGCAAGGUAUUGGUGUGGAUGACAACAGAGAAAGAGUUUUGCAGGCUGCUGGAGCCUCACCACAGACAAUACGAAGGGACUUAGGUUUUUUAAGUUCAUUAACUGGGAGAACAGAACCUAAAGGCAAAACAAAGACCCUUCUGGUUAUAGAUGACCCACAUACAGACUGGUCAAAAUAUUUUAGAGGUAAAAAAAUACAUGGAGAAUAUGACAUAAGAGUUGAACAGUGUGAGUUUUCUGAACUGAAUCUAGCCUCGUAUUCUGAUGGUGGAACAAUGGUUGACAUGCAACUCUACAGACAAGGCACUAAAAUUGUUAGGUCUUUUAAACCAGCAUUUGUGUUAAUCCGACAACAUGCUAGAGGUAUGGGUGUGCAAGAAGACUGGAAGAAUCUUGUACUUGGCUUUCAAUAUGGAUGCAUACCUAGUGUUAAUAGCUGGGAAUCAAUCUAUAACUUUAUGGAUAAACCUUGGGUGUUCGCUCAACUACUGAAGCUUCAAGAUAAACAUGGCAAGGAGAAAUUUCCAGUUAUUGACCAGUCAUACUUCCCGAACCAUAAGGAAAUGGUGACCACACCAAAUUUUCCGUUAAUUUGCAAAUUAAGGCAAAAGACAUUUGUAGGUAAUAUUCAUAAACAUGCCGUGUUUGUUUUCAACCCUACCCUUCCUAUCAAAGUGAACUUUGACCUCCGUACUUCUGACCCCCAUGACUCGGAUAUUGUUAUUUCCGGCAUGUCAAUAAGUAAAUGCAAACUUCUUGUGAAAGAAGAUCACGAGAAUCUGGGGGUAAGAGUUGAAAACCACCAUGAUUUUCAAGACAUAGCCAGUGUUGUAGCUGUUACCAACUGUUAUGCUACCAUAGAGCCUUAUAUUGAUGCCAAAUAUGAUAUAAGAAUACAAAAAAUUGGAACUAAUUACAAAGCAUUCAUGAGGACAUCUAUAUCUGGUAACUGGAAAGCAAAUACUGGAUCAUCUGUGUUGGAACAAAUUGCUGUUACAGAUAGAUUUAAAUUCUGGGUUGAUGAAUGCUGUGAGAUAUUUGGUGGCUUGGAGGUAGUUGCAGUAGAAGCCAUUCAUGGUAAAGAUGGCAAAGACUACAUUAUUGAGGUUAAUGACAGUGCCAUGACCUUACUGGGUGAAAACCAAGAUGAAGAUCGUCGCCAGAUUAGUGACGUUGUUGUCCAGAAGAUGAACGUGCUUGUCAAGUCAACCCCCCCUAGUAUGCGCAAAACCCCUUCCGGUCAACAAUUACUAGCGAGUUCUCAGAGUAGCUCACCAACUGCAGCCAGUGGCCCCAGUGGUAAUGUGACACCUAAAAGUAACACAGGAGCACAGUCACCAAGUACCCCUAAAGUAAUCACCCCAUCAGCAAGUCCACAGAAACCAUCAACAUCAUCACCAGCUUCCUCACAGAGGAGUACACCCCCCACUGCACACAGAUCACCACCAAAUAUCAACCCACCUCCUAAAGUAUCGCCACCAGAAGAAGAAGAUACUUUCAAGAACCUGAAGAGGACAUUUGCCAACAUUUUUGGUGAUAUCAAUUGAGAUAUAUAUAGACUUGCUGUCAAGUAAAGAAUUUGCCACCAGCUGAUGGUUGUUCUAUAAG